ACAGCAACACGACACGAAUAAACUUGUUUUGGUGUUUACUUUUUCUGGACAAAACUACGUGUUCGCAACUCAUUCUAACGGGAGUGAAGAAAUUAACACUGAAUUCAUGAGAAUUUAAUAGAAGCAAAAUAAUAUGAAGAUGGAUGUUUUUAGAUCAAGGUGUGUUCUUUUGAUAUCUGCGAUCAUAUUCGGCUUCACGUUAAAGGUUAGUGACGCCGAGAUGAUGUUGACGAUGUCGAAUUCGACCGGGACGAUGAGGCCGUCUUUCAACACGGAAACCCGUCUGGUCAGAGACCUCCUGUCACAAUACAGCCGUUACGUGCGUCCAGUCUUCAAUGAAUCCACUAUCAUCUAUGUAUAUUAUCAUAUGAGAUUGUCCAGAAUUCUUCAAAUGGACGAACGAAACCAGAUUUUGAUCACAGCGAUGUGGCUCGAACAGAGCUGGAUAGAUGAAUAUCUAACAUGGGAUCCUGAUGAAUACGACAACAUAACCGCCGUUCAUAUUCCUACCACAAUGAUAUGGAUACCGGAUACAGUGCUCUACGAAAGUGCGGACGUCGAAAAGGAGCUUGGGAAUGACGUCAUGCUCACCAAUGCCAAGAUCUUCUACAAUGGAACCGUUUUCUGGCAAGCCCCUGCUAUCUUCAAGAGCUCCUGUAGUCUAAGCGUCGAGUACUUCCCCUUUGAUCAACACAGUUGUAAACUCAAAUUUGGCCCGUGGGCCUAUCUCGGCAACGAGGUUAUCAUGAAGAAACAAUCAGACUCUGGUGACUUCUCACAGCUGAGUCCGAACGGCCAGUGGCAACUUCAGGGGAUGCCCGUUGUAGAGAAUCUCAUCAAGUACGGUUGUUGCCCGAUCCCAUACUCGGACGUCACCUACUAUAUCAACCUGAAACGGAAGUCACUCUUUUACGUCUUCAACCUUCUCUUCCCAUCGGUCUUCAUGUCUCUGGUAUCGUUGUUGAGUUUCUACCUCCCUCCAGACUCGGGAGAGAAAGUGGGUCUCAACAUCACCAGCCUGCUGUCUCUUGUCUUCUUUCUCCUCCUGGGAGCACAGCUCCUGCCGCCAACCUCGGAAUCGAUUUCCUACCUUGGUAAGCUGUUUUCAACCAUCAUCGCAAUAAUGGGGAUCGAGACGGCCAUCUCCGUAAUCAUUCUCCGUCUUUACCAUCUCCACUUACCCUAUCCUCCUCCUGCAUGGGCCCGGUGGCUCAUCCUCGACAAAGCCGCUCAACUCCUUCGGCUCAAUGGUUGGCGUCACGAGUACAGCGAUGACGAGGGUUCCAUGGUCGAAGUCAUCGACCACGACGCACAAGACUACAAGACGAGUGACCCAUUCGAGUUCGACAAUCGAAAGGCAUCGAUGGAGACCAAGGCGAUUGGAGAGAGCCUUCUGCAGAAGCUUGACAUGAGCCCCGAAGACGUUGCCGUGCCAGAAAUCAAGGAGAAGCAUUCCAGUGAGGAUUCCGACUAUGGUAGUGAGACCAAUGACGACAGCAUGGGGUCAUCGAUCAUGCGCAUUAGCAACUACAUUCGCAGACUGGUAAACAUUUCUCGGAAGAAAGAAGCAAUGUCUGCUAUCCAGCAGCAAUGGAUAGAUCUUUGUCUCAUUCUUGAUCGGGUUUUACUCAUUCUCAUGAUGACAGCCCUGAUCCUUGGAUGUAUCAGUAUUCUUUCUAUCAUGUCAAAUCCUGCAUCCCAAGAAGAAUUCGAAAUUUGGUGAAGAUGAGAAUCAAAUAAUAUAGUUACCAUGGUCACUGUGUAUGUAUAUGUUUAUCCAUAUCAAUAUAAUUCCAUUCAAACAUUUAUUUUGUUCCAUUUCACAUCUUCCAUUUUCAAUCAUCAUAACUAAGGCGUCAAACUACAAAUGGAAUGCUCUUCAUUAUUAUGCUUCAUUUCGGGUGUUUUUUUUAAACAAAACUAUACUUUAAGGUCCCGUACAAAUGCGAUAGCUUCUGUCGUGUCAGUUAAUAUAGAUUCGGUGAAAUCGUGUUUCAUUUUCGUUACUUUAAUUUCCAUUUGAGUGCGUAUACGCAUAUAUUGCAUAUAUACAAUAUUUUGUUGAUCCAACCAACUUUCUGUAUUUAAUCUUUCACAUUUUGAAGCAAAAGACAAAAUUGAUAAGAAAAGAUUUGCAUGAUUUUAAUUGUCUAGGACAUGGGAAUAAACGAUCAAUUGUUUUUUGUAUAUCAUAACACAUUUCUACUAUUAAAUAUUAGGCAAUGAUGAUUUGUAUAAAAGUGAUUUGAAGUAUUAAGUGAAAGUGCGAUCAUACAUUCUUUUUGUAAAUAGACAUAUUGUAUUAUAUUACCUCUUAAAAUUGAGACAUUUAACAUGCCGACAUUGAUUUGUGUCUGUAGCACUUAGGCCUUUAGUGCUGAGCGACUGUAAGUAGAAUUGAUUGGUAUUGGUAAUAAAAUAACUCCCAGAGCAAACUUGCCUUGUUGAA